AUUAUGAUGAUUAUCAAACAUUGAUCAUUUUCUUUUGUCUUGAUAAUCAAAGCGUAACAAAUUAAAAAGAGAAAUAUUGAUGACCUCUUGCAUUAAUUUUAAUGAGUUUCUCAUAUUCAAUCGCAACAUGUUCACAUAAAUAGUGAAGUAUUGAUUUGUCUCUCGGAAGUUAUACUGUUGGUCAAAGUUAUUUUACAUAAACUGAAUACUAAAUUAUUAUCUAAUAGUCAGUGAUACUAAUAUCAAAAUAUAUGUUUAUAGUUAAUUUUGUAUUUAAAUAACGUACAUAUAAUCUUUAAAGAAAUAUUAUAAAUGAUUAUAAUUCGACUCAGAUCAGAUUAAGGGUGUGGGUGCGGAUGUGGGUGUGGGUGUUCAUCUGCUCUUCAUCCACAUCGACACCCACACCCACACCCCACCCUCUAUCGUUGAAAAAGAAACGAUCUUAGUAUUCAUGGUCUGUGAUAUCGAUUACACGAUAUGACCUACAAAAUUAUGUGCGCACCGAUCAAGCAUACUUUUAAACGUAACAGGGGCUAUGUUUCAACCUUUUUAGAGACCCACCUAAUAAUACUUUUUGACAUGCACAAAUGUAUUUCAGAUAAAUGUUCCUGUUUUAUUAAAUACAAAUACUCGUCAAAAGAUAUUUCACGUACCUUUCGAUGUUAUUAGACGUUUUAUUACCAGACAUUUGUUUAUCUGAACUAAGAAUAUUAUAACAACAUCUGCAAUGUAUGUGAGGUAGACUGAUAUGAAAAUCAUCGGAUCUCGAUAAAUCAUUGACGGAGAAAAAAUCGAUCAAAAUCGUUUCAAAAUAAAGUAAACACCCUGUAAUAAUAUUUGGUAGUAUUCAUGGAAUCUUAAACUUCUUGUUUUAGGUACCGACUAAUAUUGAUAUCCUACGUGCAGUUCAGCAAUCGGCUGCAUUAUAUAAAGAAGAAGCAAUGAAAAUGAAAGCACUUGCUAUGGCUCAACAAGAAGAAAAUGAACAGCUUCAACAGAUGGAAACAGAGAAAAAAAAAUUAUCAGAACAAGAACAAGAACUUAUGUUAAAAUAUAAAAAACUUCAAUCGGAACACAAAACAACUCAAUUACUACUUGAUGAAGGAAAUCAACGUAUAGAAAGCUCAUUGAAAAAAGAAGAUUUCAAUGAUUUACAUGCUGCUUAUGCAUUGAAUAAAAGUGGAAUCGAAAAGCUCAAAGUCGUCGACGAAGAGAUGACGAAGAUUAUGGAAGACGUUUCAGCAAUUCAACAAAAACAUGUUCAAGCUGAACGUGAGAAACCAAACAAGAAAUGUAAGUUCACUGUAGAACCAGUGUUAACCCGAGACUAA